GUUAGCGGCUGCCGGAGGGUUUUCUGUAUGAGAUUAUCUCGCUGACAGCCACACGGCCGUGCUCUUUUGUUUCUCCUCUGCUGCACAUUUAAAUUAGUACUGACAUUUAGAGGAGGAUGUCUACGACUGUGAAGAAUCCUUUUCAACAUAUAGUUGAGCCUCUCGAUCCAGACGAACCAAAGCAGCAGUUUUACAAUCUUACCAAACUCGGAGAUCCCAGAUAUGACCGUCUGCCUUUUUCCAUCCGGGUCCUUUUGGAGUCCGCUGUCAGAAACUGUGACGAGUUUCUGGUUAAGAGUUCAGAUGUGGAAAGUAUCUUGAACUGGAAGGAGACUCAGACUCAGACAGUGGAGGUCCCAUUCAGACCGGCCCGCGUCAUCCUGCAGGACUUUACUGGUGUCCCUGCUGUCGUGGACUUUGCUGCCAUGCGUGAUGCGGUGAUGAAACUUGGUGGUGACCCAGAGAAGAUCAAUCCCGUUUGUCCCGCUGACCUGGUCAUUGAUCACUCCAUCCAAGUGGACUUUAACAGAAAGUCCGACAGCCUUCAGAAAAACCAAGAUUUGGAGUUUGACCGUAACAGAGAAAGGUUUCAGUUCUUAAAGUGGGGCUCUAAGGCGUUCAGGAACAUGCGAAUCAUUCCUCCUGGUUCAGGAAUUGUUCAUCAAGUCAACCUGGAGUACUUGGCUCGAGUGGUGUUUAACUAUGAAGGAUAUUUCUACCCUGACAGCCUAGUGGGCACCGACUCUCACACCACCAUGAUCGAUGGACUGGGGGUCCUGGGAUGGGGUGUUGGUGGGAUUGAAGCUGAAGCCGUGAUGCUCGGUCAGCCUAUCAGUAUGGUACUGCCAGAGGUGGUGGGAUAUAAGCUGAGUGGGACCCCCGACAAGUUCAUUACCUCCACCGACAUCGUCCUCACUGUGACUAAGCACCUCCGUCAGGUGGGCGUUGUGGGGAAGUUUGUGGAGUUUUUCGGCCCAGGUGUCGCUCAGCUGUCCAUCGCUGACAGAGCUACGAUCGCUAACAUGUGUCCAGAGUACGGAGCCACGGCGGCGUUCUUCCCUGUAGACGAUGUCAGCAUUCAGUACCUCGAGCAGACCGGAAGAGAAGCAGAGAAGCUGGCCUACAUCACAAAGUACCUGAAAGCUGUGUCAAUGUUUAGAGACUACAACAACGUCUCUCAGGAUCCAGAUUUCACCCAGGUCGUGGAGUUGGAUCUGGGUACUGUUGUCCCGUGCUGCAGUGGACCUAAAAGACCCCAAGACCGGAUCCCAGUGUCCGACAUGAAGAACGAUUUUGAAACCUGCCUAGGGGCAAAGACGGGUUUCAAAGGUUUCCAGGUGUCUCCUGAGCGUCACAGCGCGUCUGUUCCCUUCCAGUUUAAUGGAAAAGAGUUCACACUAAGCCACGGCUCGGUGGUCAUUGCUGCCAUCACCAGCUGCACCAACACCAGCAACCCGUCCGUCAUGCUUGGAGCAGGACUCCUGGCUAAGAAGGCGAUCGAGUGCGGUUUAAGCGUGAAGCCAUACAUAAAGACGAGUCUGUCACCGGGCAGUGGGGUCGUCACCUAUUACCUGAAGGAGAGCGGAGUCAUGGAGUACCUCUCCAAACUCGGCUUCGAGGUUGUCGGCUAUGGUUGUAUGACGUGUAUAGGAAACAGCGGGCCGCUCCCUGAGCCUGUGGUGGAGGCGAUAACACAGGGGGAUCUGGUUGCAGCAGGCAUCCUCUCAGGAAACAGAAACUUUGAGGGCAGAGUUCACCCAAACACCAGAGCCAACUACCUGGCCUCUCCACCGCUCGUCAUUGCCUACGCCAUCGCUGGCACCGUGAGGAUAGACUUUGAGAAGGAGCCGAUUGCUGUUAACUCUGAGGGUAAAGAGAUUUUCCUGCGGGAUAUUUGGCCCACACGGGAGGAGAUCCAGGCGGUUGAGAGGACGUUCGUCAUCCCGUCUAUGUUUAAAGAAGUCUACGAGAAGAUUGAGAAAGUGAACGAACGCUGGAACUCUCUGGUCGCUCCCUCAGACAAACUUUACACCUGGGACCAAGAGUCCACCUACAUCAAGUCUCCACCUUUCUUCGAUGGUUUGACCAUGCAGCUUCAUCCUCCUAAAUCGAUAGAAAACGCCCACGUGCUGCUGAACCUGGGAGACUCAGUCACCACCGACCACAUCUCUCCUGCAGGAAACAUCGCCAGGAACAGCCCUGCAGCGCGCUACCUCACCAGCAGAGGUCUGAGCCCUCGAGACUACAACUCGUACGGCUCACGACGAGGAAAUGAUGCUGUCAUGGCCAGAGGGACGUUUGCAAACAUCCGCCUGUUUAACAAGUUCUUGAACAAGCAGGCGCCUCAGACCAUCCACCUUCCCACCGGAGACACGCUGGAUGUGUUUGACGCUGCAGAGCGGUAUCAGCAGUCCGGCAUCCCUCUGCUGGUUCUCGCUGGUAAAGAGUAUGGAUCGGGAAGCUCACGAGACUGGGCGGCAAAAGGUCCUUUUCUACAGGGUAUUAAAGCAGUCAUAGCAGAGAGCUAUGAGCGGAUCCACCGCAGUAACCUGGUUGGGAUGGGGGUGAUUCCUCUAGAGUAUUUACCCGGAGACACUGCCGACAGCCUGGGACUGACGGGACGAGAGCGCUACACCGUCAUCAUCCCCGAACAGCUCACACCGCGGAUGAUCGUCAACGUCAAGCUGGACACAGGUAAAACAUUCCAGGUGAGGAUGAGGUUCGACACCGACGUGGAGCUGGCGUAUUUCCACCACGGAGGAAUCCUCAACUACAUGAUCAGAAAGAUGUCAGAAAGUGAAUAAGUACAGAGAAAGAAGAAGACGGAGGGGGAGGAGGUCGGGUUUUUAUUUCUAAGUUCAACACACAAUCACUGUUAAAGAAGAAAACUGCCCAAAACUAAUCGUCCACAUUUGGUGCAGAGACAUUCACAGCUAGAAAACGCAACAAAUAUCACCAUGAGAAAGCUGCUACUUCUGGUAAACUACAGCAGACAUAAACUGAAAUAAGAGAGCCUGGAGAGAGAGAGAGAGAGAGAGGAACUCUGGUGGUUCAGUGUCUUAUAGGUCGUUUCCACCUAGCGGUUCGGUUCAGUUUGGUGCGGUACCAAACGUCUGUAGUUGCAUUUCCCUUAUCAAAAGUUGGAUCCGUCCUAUUUUUUUUUGGCAGUUUUCCAUAGAGGUGCCAAGUUUACCGAUCCGUCCCUAAGGUGGAGCUACACACAAUAGAGGGUUUACACUGACAUUUCAGCGUGACAUGACUGCUCAGCCGGACUGCAAAACAUGAUUGUCUGCUCUUUGAGCAGUGGGAGAAACUGGAGAAAAAUAGACUCAUAACAGCUUAAAUCUUGGAUAUUUGGACUUGACAGAUAUCCUACUGUUUCCUGGACCUCUGACACUCAUAUGUGGUCAUAGAUCAGGUUUCCUUGUUUAUAUGGACCUGAUUUAAGUACAUGAAGCCGAGCCUGAAGGCUCACAUCAGCCUGGUUCAUCAGUGAUGGAUGUGAAAGUGACUAAUGAGGAAGUUUGUAGUUUAAAGGUGUCAGUGAUUUAUUUACUUCUUUUACUGCAGGUAAUCUGUUAAAAAAGAUCGCUCAGUGGUUGUUAAAGCUGUUUGCAAAAGUGUAGGGUGUACUUUAAAACCGGACUGAUGUACCUGGACUGUAGAAGCUGUAGUCCUCAGUGCACUGCAUUGAAUCCCAGUCUUGGCGCAUGUUUGGUGCACAUCUUAACCGUUCUAUCUCCCAAUAUUUCCUGUCUCUCCUCAGCUGUCCCAUCAAAAUAAAGCCAAACAGACCCAAAAAAUCUUUAACCUUAAAGGGGACGUAUUAUGCAAAAAUCUCUUUUUCAGGCUUUUCUAACACAAAUAUGUGCCCCUGGCCUGUCCACAAUCUCCUCAAAUACCAGAAAAAUCCCCUGCAGUCUGGGAGAUUGAUGGUUCAAAUCUCAG